AUGCUGUUGAACUUUUUGUCCCACUUGUUAAGGCGCCGCCUCAUAAGUCACACCUUCCCCGGUAUCUUCGCUCUCUCUCAAAAAAAAGAGCUGAUGCUUGGAAAAGAGCCGUUGUUACCGGCAAGUCGGAUGAUUGGACUAAGUAUCAUUCAUACAUGCGCUGAUGUAAUUUACCUUGAUUUUUCCAAAGCGUUUGAUAAGGUACCCCAUGAUAAACUGCUGCAUAAACUUGCGAUUGUCGGAAUCCAUCAUCGCAUCAUUUCUUGGGUUGAAGGCCUUUCUUACUGGCCGCUCGUUUAUGGUUCGCCUUGA